AUGGUCAAAUCUCGUGGUGUUGAGAUCUGCAUCAUCAAUCAAUCUGAUGUCUGCAGACUUCCAGAAUUCCGCUACUCUCGCCCUCCUGAUCCUCAAUAUUUGGACUCUGCUGACCAAGAACUCAAGCACGCCGGAGACCAACCACCUGCUUCGACCUCACCACAUUACCCAAUUUCAUCCUGUUAUGUUCCCAUCAACCCCGGAUGUCAGAUCUGGUUCGAGUACACGGUUGAAGGGCCCCAUCCUCCAGGUGUUGCUUACCUGUUCAAGCUGUCGGUCAACGACAACCCUGUCACUGCGUGGGAUUGCACUGAAAAACAGGGAUACCACGGCAAGAUGAUGUACACCUUGGUAUACGAAGGCCAGCACCUUGUGACGGGACAAGAUAUAAUUAGGAGUCGAUAUUUGAAGUUUGGUGACGAGCUUGACCAUCCAUAUCAAGAAGACAAGUCGUUCAAGGAGGACUGUGUCCAGAUCAAUGUUCAUCGAAUCGAGCACCGACAGAGAGUCAAAGGACUGCAGCCUGACAGGGAUCCAGCCACGGUUGGAAGUCAGCGCGGUGAUGGUCUUCGUCUGGCUGACAGCGGUCUUCUCGAGCCUCAAAUUCGAGCCAAACGAUACAAGUAUCAGCUGCUGGAUCCCAAGGAUGUGCCGUAUGCCGUAUUUCGCUUCUUCUGUCGACCACUAGGUGAAAUCACCCGCUCGCAAUUGACCCCCCUCCGAACAUCCUUUUCAUCUGGUGGAUACUCAGACACGGGCAGCUCACAUUCGAGCAAUGUCGAAUGUAAAGAGAAUGAGUCAAAUGUGGCGUGGACGGUUGAUUCGAAUCAGGCCAACAACAUUGAGACUUUUGAGCAUCGCAAUGAAACAGCUACAAACUCCUCAGUUUCUGCAUCUGUUUGCACAGUCAAGGAGCCACAAGUCUCCAGUCCAGUCAAACUUGCACAACCCCUCAAGCAAAUAUCACUUGCAGAGUCGGACGACAACCUCAGCAUGCAGACCAAGGACAGUAUCGAAGAGCUGGUAUCGAACGUUCCAAGAUCACCACAAGCCUCUCGCUCUCCACGGUCGUCAAAAAAGGUCCUCGAUGACAUGGAAGAACCCUCACCUUCUCCGACCAAAUCACCACAAAGUCGGCGCCGUCGCAAGCAAUUGACUGUGACCAUCGACGGAGCAAACUUUGAUCUUCAAAAGAACAAGCGCCCGCUCAGUCCUUUCACUGGCGGCGGGUUCCUCAGAAGAGUCAUUGUACCCCAGACUGCUCCCCCUUCUGUCACAGAGUUCGGUCCUUCCGUCGAGGACGAGAUUCGCGCAAAAAUUGAAGCCACCAAGUCGACAGAGAGCAAAGAGGACAAAUCCACAAAAUCAUCUGGGAGAACUACCAGCGUCGAACGAGGCGGAAAGACACUGAUGGGAUUUCUGGGACGUAGAAUUGCAGGUGCCACAAGGGAGAAGCCUGAAUGUGGUAUGAAAAGAAAGACUUGA